CGCUGCUCGCCCUUGCCUUGUCCCUACGCGAGCUAUGCAUCGCAGCCUUCGCCAACUAGGGGCUCCAUCUCGGAAAAACUUCAGCCUCAAUCAUCUUGUCUCGCACCCUCAAUUGUUUCAAUUAGACAUUCGGUGUCAAUGUCACAUGAAGGCUGACCACGACUUGCCCAGCAGAAUCGAGAGCAGAUACUACUCACUUGGACAUGUUUCUCGUGUCCGAUCACCAGCCUGUGUGCUCUUCCUCGAUCGAUACCAACUACGAACUGGUCUCUGAUCAGAUGAUGGUCAAGCGGUCUUGGAAGUGGUCUUUCAACUAGUGGGACUCCUCAAGUGGUCGAAUUGACCUGGAGUGUGACUAUGAACAUUUCCCUCACCGCCGUGCUCAAUCCGGCGCGCCCGAUCCGCUGUCGAGUAAUCUACCGAAGAAAAGGCAUUUUCUCGGUGCGGUUUUUGGCUAUAAUUCCUCUUCCAUGUGCACCUCAGCUCUGCUCAAGCGCCCCCAUGGGGGCAGUGUGGCGGGGUGUCCUGGACAGGCCCUCUGACAUGUCCUUCAGACCAACAUUGCGUAUUCCUAAAUAUAUACCACUGGCAGUGCGUUCCCUUACCCGGCACGCUCUACGCUCAAUGUGGUGGAACUGGUUGGACAGGCCCAACGACUUGCAAUGCCGGAUUGACUUGCGGCACGAUUAGUUCUGAUUAUUGGGGCUGCUUGCCUGAUACCACUGGAUGACUGGCAAAUUCCCAACGGGUCCAAGCCUCAGUCUCACAAGUAGAAUGAUCAGAUUAU